UCUGUGUGCGAUUAUAUAUACACAUCUAUCUCUCUCUCUAAACACACCAUAUGCAUAGAUUAUGUCUCAAUACAAAUUCAUGCAACUAAAAAAGGUUUUCCCCAUCUUCACUUGAAAAUAUUUUAUUUCUUUAAUCUCAAACCGAACCUUCAAGAUUUUAUUUUUAUUUCAUCAUAUUUUAAUUAAUCAAAGAAAAAAUAGAGGUUGAGUCAGAUUUGUGCUUGUUGGGUGUCCUUGUUUCUCUCUCUACUGGUAUUUCUAGAGAGAGAAAGAAUAAUUUAGUGUGGAAGAGUGUGUGUUACUGUUGGGCAUGUCUCCUUUGCUGACCGGGUUGCCCGGACUCCGUGGGGUUUGCCGCUAAACUACGACACAUUAUAUCUCUCUCUUCUUCUUCUUCUUCAUUUUCAACUUAUUAACAACAAUUUAAAAGCCACAAAAUAUAUUCAUCAAAACAACUUACUCACAAGCUAGAUGAACACAAGUGGAUUAUAGAAGGUGUUGAAGAUGAAGUUCAUGAAACUUGGAUCAAAACCUGAUUUGUUUCAGAAAGAUGGCGAUAAUGUCUGGUAUGUGACUUCGGAGUUGGAAACUGACGUCAUCAUCAACGUAGGAGAUUCAAAGUUCUAUCUACAUAAGUUCCCCCUUUUAUCAAAAAGUGGUCGCUUACAAAAACUAAUCAGAGGCACAACCGAAAGUGAAGGGGGCGAAAUCGACAUUAACGAAAUCCCGGGUGGGCCCACUGCAUUCGAAAUAUGCGCCAAAUUCUGUUAUGGUAUGACGGUUACCUUAAACGCGUACAAUGUUAUCUCCACAUAUUGUGCAGCCGAUUACCUCGAAAUGCACGAAACAGUUGAAAAAGGAAACCUCGUAUACAAACUAAGUGUUUUCCUCAACACAAGUAUCUUUAGAAGUUGGAAAGAUUCAAUCAUAGUACUUCAAACCACAAAAAACAUGACCUCAUUGUCAGAAGAACCAAAACUAGUCAACCUUUGCAUCAACUCCAUAGCCUCCAAGGCUUCGGUUGAUCUGUCAAAGGUUGACUGGUCAUAUACUUAUAACCGUAAGAAGCUUCCGGAAGAAAACGCGAACGAAUUCGGGGUUAGAACACGAAUGGUUCCAAAAGAUUGGUGGGUUGAGGAUUUGGCUGAGUUGGAAAUCGGUUUAUAUAAACGGGUUCUUGUGAGUAUAAAAAGUAAGGGUUUGAUAUGUAAUGAAGUGAUUGGUGAAGGGUUAAAAGCGUUUGCUUUAAGAAGAUUACCGGGUUUUAAUCAUGGUGUUGUACAUGAUAAUGAUGUUAUAAAAGCUCGGUCUGUUAUUGAGAUUAUUUCUUGGUUAUUGCCAUCCGAAAAAGGGAGUGUUUCGUGUGGUUUUUUGGUAAAAUUGUUGAAAAUGGGGAUUGUGGUUGAUUCGGGUGAAAUGGCGAAAAGGGAAUUGGUCAAACGGAUCGGUCAACAAUUGGAGGAGGCGAGUGUUGAAGAUCUUUUGAUUAAAAUGAAAGAAGACGAAUCCGAAAGUAUGAUUUAUGAUGUGAAUAUAGUUCAAGAAAUAGUUAAAGAGUUUAUUGUUCAAGAUCAUAAUGGUGAAUUUGAAGAUGGAGGUCGAGAAAUGGGAGGGAUUUUAUCGGAAGCUUCAAAGUUGAUGGUGGUUAAAUUGGUUGACUCUUAUUUGACUGAAAUAGCAAAAGAUCCGAAUUUGCCUUUAGGGAUGUUUGUUGAUCUUGCAGAGAUGGUGAAUGGUUUCUCUAGACCUUCUCAUGAUGGGUUGUAUCGCGCCAUUGAUAUGUAUCUCAAGACACAUCAAGGGAUCACUAAGAGUGAAAGAAAGAGAAUAUGCAGACUAAUGGACUGCAAGAAGCUUUCGGUAGAUGCAUGUAUGCACGCGGUUCAAAACGAGAGGCUUCCGUUACGUGUCACAGUUCAAGUCCUUUUCUUCGAGCAAGCUCGAGCCGCCACCUCAUCAGGCAGCAGCACUCCGGAUCUUCCCAAAUCAAUAAAAGCUCUCAAUGUUUCCUCCCAUGGAAGAUCUGCAACAAAUCAAGAAGAUGAUUGGGAUGGUGUUGCAACAGCUGAAGAACUCAAAGCUUUGAAAGAGGAACUUGCAGCCUUAAGAAUGAGCCACCAUGGCCAUAAGAGUAGUGUAUCUGAUAAAGCUUCGGUUCCUAGAGUCAAAGGGCUGCUUUCAACUAAGAAAAUACUGUCAAAGAUUUGGUCAAGUAAAAGUGGAAUUAAGGAGAAUAGUGGGUCUGAUUCAUCUGAGAGUCUUGGUUCUGCUAAUCCUGAUGAAUCUAAGUCAACCCCUUCAAGAAAAGGGAGAUAUUCAGUGUCUUAAGAUGGCUUUGGCAUUUUAUCGAACACUUGGUGGGCAUCUUUUAUACUUUUGAGCAACAAGAACUUUAAGCAUGUAUGUAGUAUUAAAUACAGGAAAAGCAAAAUGUAGUAGUCUUUUGGGCUUUGGGGGGUUUAUUAUCAAAUUAUGUAAUCAAUUUAGACAAAUGGGGUUAAGACCCCUGGUGGGGAUAUUCUGUGUCUUAGGAGGAUUAAGCAUUUCAUCAGACACUUAGCAGACAUCUUUACAUUUGUGAGCAAAAAGAAUGAUACAAAGCAUG